GGGCGCACUUUAUCCCCACAAGAAAUUCUAAUUUUCAGAUCAGCAGGAAAGCAAUUUGGUUCCGAAAGACAGAAAAAUCUCUUUCCAAAAUGUUUCGUCACUUCCAGACACAGCUUCGUUAUCUCGAGAGCAGGACCCUGUAUAUGAAAACAUCGACCUGCAAGAAAUUUACGACAACGAUUACCGUCGUGUUCCUCGCGUGGGGGUCGAGUCGUACCUCAACCGAGUCAUUGGGUCGAGUGAGGCGGCUGACGAGUUCAAAACCAUACCCGAAAACACCGGCAGGAAAAUGGACGUUGGCAACCUACCUGAAAAUAAGAAGAAAAACCGUUACCGAAACAACUUGCCUUAUGACGACACAAGGGUGAUACUGACCCUGAAGAAUGACGUGGCGCAUUCAGAUUACAUCAACGCCAAUCAUAUUAGGGGUUACGGACAGAAAAUGCAUUACAUCGCUACCCAGGGCCCCAAGGCAGAAAAACUCGACACAAUAGGGGACUUCUGGAGGAUGGUGUGGGAGCAAAACGUGUCUGCCAUAAUCAUGGUUGCUAACUUCAUAGAAAACGGGAAGCCGAAAGUGGCAGAGUAUCUACGCUUUGGCUCGAGCGUGGAAACAGAAGAAAUGAUAGUCAGUGUUGUGAGCAGGGAAAAUUUGCCCCAUUUCAUGUUGACAAGAGUUUGCCUGACGACUCGUAACGGUCAGCGGCGAGAACUUUGGCAUUAUCAGUUCAUUAGCUGGCCUGACCAUGGCGUUCCAGGGGAGGCACUGUCUCUAGCUUCAAUGAUGAGACACUUCAGAGUCAGGCAUCCACAUGGCGUGACGGUCGUGCACUGUUCGGCCGGCAUUGGGCGAACGGGGACGGUGCUGCUGGUGCUGCUCCUACUCGACAGCCUAGACCUGGAAGACUCCAUGGACCCCGUUGAGGCCCUGGCCCGCCUCAGGGACAGCAGGGCGCGUCUCGUCGAGUCGUUCGCGCAGUACAGUCUCGCGCUACAGAUACUCGACGAAAUUUUGUUCGGCACCAGUACGAACGUGCAGUUGGCCAGCCUCCUCGAAGAGGUGCCACGCCUUCUUCUCGAGUGUCCUAACCAGUACAGGAAGCUCAAGGCCCUUCCUUCGGCGCUCACGUACAGGGUAGCUGAACAACAGGAUGUCUCUGCCCUCACACGGAACCACGCAGCUUUCCCCUCGGACACCUGGAGGGUCUGUCUCGCUGCCCAAGAAGGUGUCCACGAAUCUCAGUACAUCAACGCCAUCAGAGUGACCGGGCUUACCAACAAGGAGGCCUUCAUGGUCACUGAACACCCGUUAGCAUCGACAUCGGAGAGGUUCUGGCGCCUGGUGUUCGAGAGAUCCUGUCCCGUGGUGGUGUUCCUCAAUGAGUUCUCGGACAAGGACGAGUUCCCAGCAGUGUUGCCAGACCAAGAGGAGGAGUGGACCUUUGGGCGUCAUCGCGUUCGUACCCUCUCUAUCCAACCUUAUUCCCAGUCUCUCUUACAAGCCCGCGUCACUGUUACCAACCCACAGAAUGAGACCUACAGCGCCGUCGUCUACCAGGUGACGGGCUGGAAGUAUGGCCAGGAGCUUCCUCCCUCCGAGGACGUCCCCAUCACCCUCGCCGACCUGCUCUUCCAGGUGCCGCGUGGGCCCUACUCGGGGCCUCCGCUCCUCUGCUGCAGCGAUGGCGUCACGGCCUGCGGACUGGUGGCAGCCGUCACGUUGGUCUUGGAACGAGCUGUGAACCACCAGAGUGUUGACAUCUACCGGACCUCCGUCAUGUUGUUGAGAUGUCGCCCCCAGUUCAUCACCUCUGUGGAUCAGUACGCGGCUCUGUACAAAUCUGCCUCAUUAUAUUUGGAAAACUUUUCCACGUAUUCGAACAUCUCCUGAGGAUUUAGAUGAAUUACGGAGAGUUACUACAACAGCUUUAAAACAUAAUUUUGUUUUAGUUCAGACAAGAGAUUAUUCAUCUGCUAUAUUGUUUCAUAUACAUUUUCAUUUCUUUCUUAUCAAAAUCAAAACAUGAUUUCCAUU